AGUCCUCAAAAGUUUGGGCUCAGAAGUAGAAAUCAAAGGCCCAGUUAAACUCAUAAAUCAAAAUCAAAAUCAAAAGAAAUUCUUGGAAUAUAUAAUUCAAUGUAUUAGCGGGAUAAUAAAAAGCAAUCCCUAGAAAGUAGAAAUCAAACAGUAACGAAGCUCAGAGAGCAGUGUCAAUGGCGGAAAGUAUGAGCCUAUCUCCCGCACUCGAUCCCAGAUCUCCCUACCAUAUCGAUCCAGAUUAUCAAGCCGAAGAGAAUCUCCCUAUGGUUAUACUCAGCCAAGCCGACGACAACUACUUCAUCUGGAAGAAUCAUUUUCUCGAAUUCCUCGUAAGCAAGAACAAAACCGGGUUCGUCGACGGUUCCGUCGAGAAACCGGAUCCUUCCUCGCCGCUCUAUCAACCAUGGGUAAUCUGCAACGCUAGGGUUAAGUGUUGGCUGAUGAAUUCGGUGAGCGAAAACCUUCAAGACUAUGUGCGUUUCGCCGAGACGGCUCAUAAAGCAUGGGAGGAAUUUCGAAUGAUAUUCGUCCCGAGCGUGGAUUUCAAGAUCUACCAGCUUCGUCAGAGAAUCGCGAUGCUGAGGCAAGAUGGUGACUCGGUGGCGAGUUAUUUCGGGAAGCUGAGGAGAGCUUGGCUGGAACUUUCCGAGUAUGAUCCCUUGCCGGAAGGAGCUCAAGAGGCGAGAGAGAAGGAGCAGCGUUACGCAUUUCUGAUGGGUUUGAACAAUGAUCUAAGCUAUGUGAGAACGAAAGUCAUGCUUAUGAAUUCUCCUCCGUCUCUUGACCAAGCUUAUGCUCUGGUUGCCCAAGCAGAAUCGACGAUGAACUCGACCAGAUGCUGAAGAAUGUCAGGUUCAAUGAUCAUCACAUUCUCUGUAUUUUCUUUGUAUGAUAUCUUUAAAUCCUUGUGUUUCUUCUUUACUUGCUUUUGUAACUAUAUGGUAUUUCAUUCUCAAUGUUACAUGGAACAAGAUUAAUUCAGGGGAAUUAUUAAUA